AUGACAAGUGCUCUGAGCUUCACCUUGCAACAACUGACAGAUGCCCCCUCUGCAUCUGGGAUUGUAAGACGAGGCACACUUCAGUUCUCAAAAAAGGCCAAAACUAUUCAAACCCCUGCAUGUUUGACAUAUACCGUCCGAGGCUCAGUCCCGCAUCUUGUUGCAGAGAAUGUCAAACUCUUGCCUGUCCAACUCCUGCAAGUGACACUCGAGCAGUUCGUUGAAGAAAAGGAACCAAUGUCAUUCAAGUAUCCUCAUGGCAUUCACAAAUAUUUGAAUCUCGAGCUUGAUCACCUUGUAUUCUGCGAUAUGCGUGAUCCAAUGAAGCAGGAAGCUGUCACUUUUAAUACCGAUAAAUACCUGUCCGUAUCUACUCAUGGUGGUGUACGUCAGAUCACACCUGAAAUGUGGGCUCAAGCCAUGAAGGCUUACAACCCUGACAUGUGUGCGCUCAUGGCCGAUAUCGUGACAGACAACGAUGCCAAAUUGAAGCGGAUAAAACGUUCUGUGGAUAGAUCUCUUCGUUGGUUAGACGAUAUACUUCCAAAAGCAAAGGAAAUUGGAAUUCCUGUAUUUGCUCCGGUUGUAGGUCACACAAGUGAAGAAGAGCGUGCACGAUCUGCUGUCAGCACUGCAGAGAGAGAUGUGGAUGGAUUUACUGUAAAUGUUAUUGGACUUGGACUCGGAAAUGAAGCUACUCUUAAGCUUGCAAAGGCCUCUUUGAGAAACCUCCCUAAAAACAAGCCAAGAAUUGUCUAUGGCUUUGGAACACCAGAGGGUAUUUUGGAUGCUGUUGCCAGUGGCGCUGAUCUAUUUGAUGGCAGCUAUGCGUACAAGGUUACAGAACAGGGGCGUGCCAUGAUUUUCAAAUUUGGUGAAAUUUCUGCGGAUAACACAGCCAGAGACAAGCCCAAGACCGUCAAUCUUUGGGAUCCCAGUAUGUCCCACUCCUUUGAAGUACUUGAUUCGACCUGUGGAUGUUACGCAUGUAAUGCAUCCCACACAAAGGCUUAUAUUCAUCAUUUGCUGAACGCACAUGAAAUGUUGGGACCGAUCCUGUUGAUGAGCCACAAUGUUUACCAAUUGGAUAACUUUAUGGCUUCAAUCCGUAAGAGUAUUGAUGACAACCGAUUUGAGUCAGACCUUACCCGGUUUAUGGAAUAUUACAACCACGUAGAAGAAGGCGAUGGCAUGCGUAACCACCAAGAUGAAAUUGAUGUGGAGUCUCUUGGAACACCACUGAAAAAGAAAAGGACUUUACUACUUUAAUAUCCCCAACCUCAAAUUCAUCUCUUUCUCUCACUCUCCUUAUUUUCAUUCCAAGAUAUAUAUAUAAUUUUUUCAAUUUUUUUUGAAACAAAUCACUUUUUCUGGGACUACGUUAAAACAAGAUUAUCAGAUCAAACAGGUACAACUUGUAUAGUUCGAUGUAUCUACAUACUGCUUUUGAAAAAAGAAAUGGAAACAUGGUCUUUAAAAAA